AUGGUUGGUACAGAUGUUGCGGCAAUAGAUGUGAACAUGGGAUGCCCAAAAUCCUUCUCAAUUCAUUGUGGUAUGGGAGCCGCCCUCCUGACCCAAGUGGAUAAAGUCAAAGAGCCCUCCGCUACACUGAAUCUAGUCCGAGAAAUCGAAAAGUGCGGUGUUGCCGCCCUGGGAGUCCAUGGACGGAGGCGAGACGAACGUGAUCCACAUCCGUGCCGGAUAGAUGAAAUUCGUGAAGUUGCACGGACUGUUAGUAUACCAGUGAUUGCCAAUGGCGGUUCUGGCACUAUCAACUGUUAUGACGACAUCCUAAAAUUUCGAGAAGAAACAGGAACCUCAUCGGUGAUGAUCGCCCGAAAAGCGCUCUCGUGCCCAUCAAUAUUCCGACGUGAAGGAGUGUUGCCGUUUGAUGAAGAUGUAAAGAACUUUUUAGAUAUGGCAUGUGAAUACGAUGAAAACUACACUAUGACCAAAUAUGUUGUACAACGGAUACUUGGGAGUAAC